UAAAAGUUACGAUUACGCUACCUCGUCGCUAUUAUUGUAAAGAGUAUUUACUCGAUACGGAUACAGAGUCCCGGUUCAUCUCCGACUCCGAAUCCGAUUUCAGAAAAUCUCUAUCCCCCCAAAUCCCAGAAAAUUCCCGCAAAUCUCGAAAGUCCCAACCUCUCCUCCUCUCACUCAUGGAUUUCUUCAAGUCGGUCUUCUCCGACGACCCCCUUCCCUCCGACGAUCUGCACCCGGACUCCCAAAACGACGGCGUCGACCCGAACCCGGACUGGGAACCGGACCGCAGUCCGCGUCUGAAUUACGGCGCCGGGGCGUGGAGCUUCGGAGGUCUGAUCACGACGCUGGCGACGAAGUCCGAGUCUGUCAUCCAGAACUACCGCCGCGAUCUCAAGGAGUUCGGGUCCGGGUUGAAGAAGGAGACGGCGGUGAUUCGAGAGGUGGCUUCGCGCGCCGUCAAGGAUCUUCCUGGUUCGCUCGAGGUCGGCGCGUCGGUGGCUCAGGAGUCGCUGGAGACGGUGGGGCAGGCGAUCGAUGAUAUCGGAAGCACCGUCUGGAAAUCGACGGCGGAGAUCAUCUCUCACGGUAGGGACGCAAUCUUAGCUGAUGAUGAUGUUGAAUCUGAUAAUUUGUAUGAUAAUGUUAGUGAUAAUCGUGAGAUUAGUGGUGAUGAUAAGAGAUUAAGUAGCAGUGGUAGUGAUAUGAGAAAGUACAGUAGGUUUGAAGCUCAGGUGCGUGCGGUUCAGAGUAAUUUGAGUACUUAUUUGGAGGAACCGGAGGAUUUGGAGAGCUAUGGUAGCUGGAAAUUAGGGUUUGUGCUGGACGAGAAGGCGGAGGAAGUCGAGAAUUUGAUGAGGGAAAAUGGAGUGAUUGGUGAGAUUCAUGGGGAGAUUGUGCCUGGUAAGGUUGACAAUGAGAGCUUCUGGGCUAGGUACUUUUAUAGGGUGCAUAAGCUGAAGGAAGUCGAGGAGGCGAGAACUAAGCUCGUGAAUCGUGCAAUUUCAGGUGAUGAGGAGGAUUUGAGUUGGGAUUUUGAUGAUGAUGAUGAUGAUGAAGAAGAUGUAGGGAAGGAAGAGGGUAAUGGGUCAGAUUCGAAGGUGGGUUCGAGUGGGAAUGUAGAGUUGGAGAAGCAAAAGGAAGCUUCUUGUGAGGUUGCUGCAAGGGAGGGUGAUGAUGUUGAGAGUGUUGAAGUUGCUGCAAGGGAAUCAGUAAGUAGUGAUGGUGGGGAUAAGGCGGAAUCCAAAUUUGAUGGAGUGUCGGAGGGGAAGACGGAUGGUGGUGAUUCUUGCAAAGAGAGUGAUGUAUCGAUUGUUUCGAGCCAGCCCUCAAUGCCUGAGGAAGAGGAUCUUGGGUGGGAUGAGAUUGAAGAUUUAGGAAGCAUAGACGAGAACAAAGGGGAUGCAACGGGGAGCAGAUCGAACGGAGCUGAUUUGCACAAGCGGCUUAGCGCAGCAGAGGAGGAGGAGGAGGAUUUGAGCUGGGAUAUCGAUGAUGAUGAAGAAGAUGGCGCUAUAAAAUCACAAUGAAACUGUGGUCGCAAGAAAAUCGCAAAUGGUAUGUGAAGAUAAUUGUUUAUUUGGUUGUUACACAACGUAAAUAUGUUCUCUUACUUAGCUGUUACCUUGAAGUAUAAGUGAUUUACAUUCACAUUUAUGUCACAUCUUGUGGUUCACUUAAA